AGGGUGAAACGAAUGAAUAGUUACGGUUGGAUUGCGCGCACAACGAACCUAAAAGUGAUAAAGCCAAAAAAAUCUAGAAAUCCAAACAAACAAUUAAAAUACGUAAGAGCAUAGUGCUAUUAAUUUUAAUAAAAUCAGUGUAAAAAAUUGGAACCGCAAAAAAAUAUUAAUAAAGUUGUCUGGUUUUUUUAAUAAACCAGAAUUUUAGCCAGUGGUUUUUGAGCGGCUCUUAAGUUCGUUUCGUUUGGUUAUACGAAGUAAACAAUCGGCAUCUAUAAUAAAUUCAAACAAAUUGCGGUAUAGCCAGUAAAUCAGACGGUUAGUGAUGAGAAUUUUAAGUAGCUGCAGUUUCACAUUUGCGUUAUUUGUGUUACUGGCGUUUGCAAACGCAUCAGCACAGAUAGCCAAUGAUGGCUUAAUCGCACAAACCAGCUCAAAUCCACUUAAUAUUGCAAAUGGCCAAGUCCCAAUGGCUCCAAUAUUUUCCCCUCAGCCAGUAUCCACGUCAAGAAGGCCAACAUUUUCCACAGGAUCAUCUGCGCCGCAAUUUUCAUUAUUAAGUUCUGGUGCAACUGUAAAUGAAUUCUCCGCAUCGCCUCAACUACCUGUAGGUGACGCCAACAGUGUAAUGGAAAUGGUUGCUGAAAAUGUCUUGCAAUUCGGCCAUGAUAUUGCCCACCGAAUAAACGAAUUGGAUCCAUAUGGUUCACGUAGUGAAAUAUUUUCUCCACUCUCGGUUAUGUCAGCGUUAUCGCUACUUAUGCUUGGUUCCAGGGGCAAAAGCUAUCAGGAGCUUAAAAAACUGAUUGGACUUGAUAAGUCGAUUGAGUUAGAACGUCAUCCUAGCACAUAUCAUGAAAUAUUUGGUUCCAUGCUGAGCGACAUGGAACAUUUCGAUGUGAAUGCUAAUAACGAGGUCCCAACACAGAGAAAAUCUCCGCCUUGGCGUCAUAGCAUGAGUAUGAAUAUGAAUCCCAGAGGUGGAAAAAAGCCAGAGGGUAUUUUGCAUACAAUUAGUGUGGCCAAUGGAUUGUUUGUACAAACUGGAUAUUCGUUGAAUCCCGAUUAUAGCCAAGUGGUCAGUUCCAUUUAUGAUUCACAACUAACACAGUUAGAUUUUAUAAGAAAAUCUCGUGAAGCUGUAAAAUAUAUCAACAACUGGGUUAAUGGAAGUACAAACGGAAAAAUUUCGGAAAUCAUUACAGGUGACAUCUCAAGUUCAACCAAUGUUGUGCUCGCCAGUGUACUCUACUUUAGAGGAUUAUGGGAAAUUCCAUUCUUUCCGCGCUCAACAAAUGUGGAUAAUUUCUAUCAAGAUGGUCCCGGCAGUCCACCUAUUCGGGCGAAAUUCAUGGCUACCGGUGGUAUAUUUCCCUUCUACGAUGCCAAGGACUAUGACUGUCGCAUUAUAGGCUUGCCCUAUAAAGGAAAUGAGACAACUAUGUAUGUUAUACAGCCGAAUGCCUCCACUCGACAAAAGUUAAAGGAGUUAAUGAGUGUUUUGGAUGCUCGCAAAAUUAACGAAAUGAUUGACCGAAUGGUUUACAAGACGACGGUUAUGGUCUUUCCCAAAAUGCAUUUUACCCGCACCAUGAAUAUGAAGAAUAUUUUGCAAAGUAUGGGAGUUUCCGAUAUAUUCAAUGGGGUUCGGAGCGAUUUGUCAUUGAUAGGUGGUGGCAGAACUUUUGCAGCGCCCCCAUUAGCUGCAGCUCCCUUACCAGCUGGAUCUCCCACACCAGAUGGAGCUCCCCCACCAGUUACAGCUCACCGAUUAGCUGCAGCACAAGGAUUGGCUAUAACGCCCAUAUGUUGUGCAGAUCGUUUUAGAACUAAGAAUUCGAAACCUCAAUUCUACGAUAGGUACAAUGAAAGACUAUUAAUAUUUACAAGUCGCUUUGGCGAUAUCGAUGCAACCUAUGAAUCAACUACAUCUGGGUCUACAACCUCUGAGUCUACUACCUCUGAAUCUACUUCCUCUGAAUCUACUACCUCUGAAUCUACAACUUUAGAUUCGAAUGAAAUGAAGCACAAAAUAAGGAAACGCCAAGUUCCUAACGCUUACGAUCAACGUAAUGUUCAGGCUCUCGCAAAUCUUGAAUCUGAUCGCUUCAGGCAAGACAUAAUGCGAUCGGAUCUCUUUGUAGAUGAAAUUGUCCACAAAGUGGACAUUGGCAUCGAUGAGUAUGGCACAGAGGCUGCAGCUGCAACCGCUGCCUAUUUACAUCGUUCCGGUACUGAUGUUGUCUUCCGUGGAGAUACCCCGUUCCUAUUUGUGAUACGUCAUGAUCCUACAAAGUUGCCACUCUUUUAUGGAAUAGUCAAUAAACCCGAAUUGGAUUGAUUGUAUGUUGUGAAGAAACGCAAUUAUAUAUUGUUCAAUAUUAUAGCUGUAAUUUAUGUAUUUUUAAUGUUAUGUAAACCAUUGUUUCUUAAUUAUUAAUGAUACCUAUUCAUCAAUACUUUAUGCAAUGCUCGAAUACUGAUUUAAAUUAUAAUAAAAACUUUGUAUAUAUAU